AUGGAUGAUGAGGGAUUCGAAUCUGCUUUUAUUGAAACCUUAAUAACUUAAUAAGAUAAGUAACCUACAUUCAUAUUCACUUCUCUUCCUACUCCUAAUCCUAUAGUAUACUAAUCAGACUAUCGAGGAGUGACAAAUGACAUAAAAGAUAUCGAAAAAACAUAUAAAUGUGUUUAUAAGAAAUAAUAUGGAUCAAAAGUGAGUAAUCAACUUUUUAAAUAAUUAAAUCUAAAUGACUUACAAACACCUACUAUCACACAAACACAACAGUUACCACAAUUUGAUUCUAAUUUCACAUGUGGAAAUCUAGCUGCAGUUCAUUAAGUAGAUACAUUUGAAUAUGAUUUACUUCUCCAAGAAGACAUCAACACUACCAGUUAUUCUCAAUGGUUUUAUUUCAAAGUAACCAAUCCCAAUGAAUAUAAAUACAGAAUAAACAUCAUUAAUUUGGUAACUUAUUAUAUUAAAACAACAGAGCAAGAAUUAUUUACAGUACCAAAAUGGUUUCGGAGUGUAUAUUAAAUUUGAUACUAAUUGGGAAAUACUCAAAUCUCAAGUAUUAAUCAAAUAAUCAUAAUAUGUCAAAUCCAAUUUUUGUAAAACCACAUCCACUAAAUUAUAUACACUCUCUUUCUGGAUAAAUAGAUCAUCUAAGACAUUUGAAAUUGCUCUUGGUAUCCCUUAUACUCAUCUUGAUCUUGAUAGAUAUUUACUUAAAUUUUAAUCAGAAAUUCUUACUAACACUAUUACAGGAUUGCCUGUAAGAAUGGUUCAAUUUGGAUCUAAAAGAAGUGAUGUUAUUUUAGUAAUUGCACGUUAACAUCCUGGAGAAACUGUUUCUUCUCAUGUAUGUUAAGGUUUUCUUGAUGCUCUUUCAAAUGACAAAACACUAUAACUAUUUUAUAAUAUAAUUGUAAUUCCUAUGGUAAAUCCAGAUGGUGUAAAAUGGGGUAAUUUUAGAUGUGAUUUAAGUGGGAAAGAUUUAAAUAGAGUAUGGUAAAAUCCUAGAUCUAAAUAUCAUUAAUAAAUUAUUCAGAUAAAAAAUCUUAUUUAGAAAAUAUUAGAUGAAGGGAGAGAUAUUAAAACAUUUAUAGAUUUGCAUGGUCAUUCUAGAAAACUUGGAACUUUUAUGUAUGCUUGUAGAAAUACAGAUGAUCCUAUUUAAUGUAGAGUACUUCCAAUGAUAAUGGCUGAAAAUUCUAAAUAUUUCGAUUUCAAUUCAUGUACAUUUAAUUUGAAAUCGUAUAAAUUAAAAACAGCAAGAGCUUUUGUUUAUAAUUAAAUGUAAAAACAUAAUCCUAACAGUUUUCAUAAUAUAGUUACUCUUGAAACUUCAUUUUUUGGUUAUAAAUUAGAAAACAGAUUUAUUUAAUAUAAAUAAAAUGAUUUAAUAUAGAUAGGAAAAGAUUUACAUCAAUCAUUAAAGAUUUAUUAUAUGUAAUUAGAUUAAAAAGCUAAGAUAUUGAAAGAUCUUGAAUCAAAUAAAUAGUAUUAUCAAUAAAUAGAUGAAAAUUAACUAUCAGAUGAUAGUGAUUCAGAUGCUGAAAUAGGAAUUAUUCCAGAUGAAGAUAAUCCAUCUUAAACAAUAUUUACACAUAAAUCUGUUAAAUUGUUUCAUGAUACACCUAAAACAAGUUCUUUAAAAAAAAGAAAUUUAAAAAAAGCAAUAAAUCCAUUUUUAGUAGGAUAAUGUGAAAAGAAAUAUAAUUUUCAUAAAUUAACUAGAGGUGAAAGUAAAUCUUAAAAAACAAUAAAUCAAACUCUUUCUAUUUAAUAAAAUUAAUCCCCAAGUAUAAAAAAUUUAAAUAAAAUCAACAGAAAUCUUUCAUCACAUAAUAAAGAUCAUAUUCAUAUGCAUUCAAGUAAUGUUGAUCCAUAUGAAAGUGUUUAAUCAUGUAGAAUAUAAAGAUAAAAUACAACAAGAACACCUAAGGAAUUUAAACUUAAAUCAGAAUAAAGACUACAAUAUCAUAGUCCUAACGAUAAACUUAUAGUUUUCGAAUAAAAUUUCAAAAUAAAAAGAAAAAAUACCUAAACAAUAAAAUUAUUUUGA